AUGCGACACCUGCGAAAUCUUACGCUGUAUGUCUCCCCCACCGACAGCUUGAAAGAAGCGUCCGAGGACUCAUUUCCUGGUCUCAAGAUGCUACACCUCACUGCCGCACCACAAGAAACUCUCGGUGUGGUGGCGCACUUCUUGCAGAGCAUGCCACCUUCCAUCCUCCUCUCCAUCGACAUGUUCAGAGCAGACUCAUCGUCCUCUUCUGCGUCUUCGCUCAACUCGCUUCUCGCCGCAGUUGCCCAAAGGCUUGUCCCAACUCAGUUGCGUGAACUGGCCGUUCACGAGACAUUUCAGAAUGUUCCUGGUACCUGGUCAAUGGGCUCCUCAGACAUCAAACAACUUAGUGGUUUCAUGGAGCUACAUCUCUUGAAGAUUGACACGAGACGUACGGUACUGUUGGACGAACCCACUCUGCUUGCCGUGGUGAAGACCCUUCCAAAGCUGAAGUUCCUCAGCCUUAACCCAAGUCAAGGCUGGGGCGUACUGAAGCCUGGAGUAACACUGAGCGGGCUGCGCAGGCUCGUUUCUCACCUCCCAUUCCUAACCCAUCUUAUGCUCGCAGUCGAUACACAAGGCCCACCUGAUCUAUCCGAAUUUUCAUGUUCCCACCAAAAAGGGCUGAUACUCGUCGACUUGCUUGAUUCUCGCAUCCAUGAAGAUAACAUACAGACUACGGCUGUGUUUCUCAAAGGCCUAUUUCCGGGACUGAAGGGAGGCGCCGAGAAUGGAUCACAUCUUGUCUUCAAGGCAUGGGAUGUCCCCACGAUCACAUACGUAGUUGGCCCAGGUGAAGACGGGGAGAAGUAUCGUGAGCGAUGGAAGCACGUAGAAAGACUGAUGGGACCUAGCCUCGAGGCUAGCAGAUAA